AUGUUUUCAACAACAGCAACAACAACAACAACAACAACUGGCCGAAGCAUCAGCAUGAGUACUUGUACUCAAGGAACACAAACCGAUGGCCCAACUACCACCGGCCCCCAACUUCACGAGCUGAUGGAGCUCCUUCGCCAAGUUACUGGUGACUUGGUCAAGGUCUCCAGAGGCGAGUGCUCUUGCCGGAAAGGGGUGGCCGUGGUAGUUCAAGAAAGUGAUCUACCGGUUGAGCAACACGUUGCUCAACCGGCACCUCCUUCCAACAACAUCAGUCUUGGCGAUGUUGAAACUGACUGCCGCGUGGUAGUCAGUCAACUCUCGUCAAGACUGGUGGAAAUGUUGGAGUUGAGUGGUAUGACACCAACACCAGCACCGGCCAAAGUUUCAACCCCACCACCGGCCAAGUCCCCAACACCUCCACCACCAUCACCACCGGCCAAAUUCCCAACGCCUCCACCACCACCAGCCAAGUCCCCAACACCAUCAUCAUCGUCAUCGUCGUCGCUGAUCUAUAUCCCACCAAAACCACGAACAACACCACCACCACCACCAGCUCCCCUCAACACCGCCUCCACCAUCACCAUUAUUCCUCGAGAACAACCAAAGGGCCGCGCCAUGAAGAUUAAAAAAGAAGUGAAACGAUUCUCGUCACAUGGCCGGCCACUUACAAUUCCCCAGCGGUUGGAUGCCGCUGGGCCAUGCAACAAGAAAAAACGGCAGCCACGUACAACAUCUCGGCUGCCCAAUUUAAACAAGUUGGAAUUACCCAAGGGCCGGGUGAACAAAGUGGCUUGGGUUAAAAAAUAUAUCAACGGCUUACCAGCCACUCACCCGGCUCAAGAAGACGGCGACGACGAUGACAAUGUCAACUUGGAUUUAACUCCAAAUUCCCACAUCAACAUGGAGUCGGAUGACUCCGAUGGAAAUGAGUCGUUCGCAACGGCCGACGACGGCUCAGCUCCAUCCAUUAUGGAACUUUAA